UUUGAUUUCUGCAUUUCCACUGCGACUCCAAGCAGGCGGAGGCGACUUCCACCGGCAGCGUCCUGGGUCCUGUCGCGUCAUGUUCCCACUCACCAAGUCGCCCACCCCAUCAUCCUCACGUCAUGACGGCGCAACGGUGAUGCUGUGGUUCGACACCUUCGUCAGCCCCGAGAGUGUGGUGGAUGCGAAGCUUCGCAUGCCCGACUACGAAUACACUGUCACGGGCUAUCAGCGAAUGAAGAAGCGAGAAAGGAUACAAUUAGGCACACCCGUCGUGGUGAAUGGGAAAAAGCUCGCCAUAUUUCGGCAUGGCGCGCGGUAUUAUGCCAUGCAGCAAUUCUGCCCCCAUGCUGGAGGCGACCUUGCGCUUGGCGACAUCGAAGACAUCGACAACAUGCUUUGCAUCACGUGUCCGCGGCAUGGAUUUCAAUUCGUGUUACUCUCUGGCGAUUGUCUGAUCGGAGACGCAUGGAAGGCCGAACAUUACCCGGUGGAAGCGCGGGCGGCAUUACCCGACACGCCCCGGACGUUGUUUGUUGGGUUUCCGCAGUUGAACUGCUCACUCUUCUACGAAGAAGACUUCUAGCACCCCCCCUCCGUCGACUCCUGUAUGGACGACGGUCCUAAGCGAACUUGUCCUUAUGGGCCUUAGUCUUCACUACCAUUGACAUGACGUUCACAAUGUUAACCAACAUGUUUGUUCAAGUUGUGCCUUGGUAGCUAACUCAUGGGUUUCUCAAGGGGUACAAAGUACAUUUGAACUAGUAAAGUUUACCG